AUGUCCACCACAAACGAAGUCCAAUCCCAAGACGCCCCAAAGCUUAAACCUCCAAAAAUCCGAGUCCGAAUUGAUAAGAUCGACGAUGAAAGUGGUGAAGUCAAAAAGAAAAACUAUGAUAUCAAGUUGUCAGAUACAGUUGCACACUUCACGGCGACGAUGAGAAAAGUGUUGAGAAUUCCGGCAAGCGACUCGCUCUUUUUCUACAUCCACGAAACAUUCUCUCCAUCUCUUGACACCACUUUUGAGAUUCUGGCACGACAUUAUGCGGAAAAGGAUGAGAAGGGAAAGGAGGUACUGCAUCUGAAGUUCAGCACCACACCAGUUUAUGGAUGA